UUAUAUCGUUUUCGCAGCUCGUAUUACCGUAAAUUUUAUCUGCAGUGAUUCAGCCGAAUUAUAGUAUUUCUUGAUACUCAACUCAACGAAUUCGUUAUCAUGAGCAGAACAUUUGCCCCAAAUUUCGUGGUGGCAAUUUUGUGCGUAACGAUGUGCAUUGCAUAUGAAGACGAUGAAGAACAGUUUAGGGAUUUCAACGACAUCCUGCCCCAUAGAUCUCGCCCUGAAAAGUGGCAAAGCAGAGAUGAUUCAUCAGAAAUUGUGAAGCUCGCAAUGCCAGGUGUUCACCCGACGAAGGAAGACACAUACCUCUGUACUGCUGUGGAUCUGCAUAAAAAGAAAGACUAUAUUGUUGCAAUCAAACCUCUAGUUAACAUGAACACAGCCCACCAUUUGAUGGUAUUUGGAUGCCCUAAGCCAGCAAAACAUGCUUUUGCAAGUGAUGGAGAAUAUUGGGUAUGUGGAGAAAUGGGAUCCAAUUAUUGCAAGGGUUCUGAUGCAAAUAUAUUGUAUGCUUGGGGAAGAAAUGCUCCAGAGCUGGACUUACCACCUGACACUGCCUUUGAAGUGGGUGGUAAAUCUGAUAACAGUUACCUUGUACUUGAAGUUCACUAUGCAAGUGCAGACAAGUUUUUAGCUGAUCCUACUCUGAAAGAUUACUCUGGGGUGGACGUGCAUGUGACGUCAGUACGACCAAGUCAACUGGCAGCCAUAUUUCUCCUACAACCAUUUGGAGACAUUCCACCAAAGAAGGAAGCUUGGCAUUUUGACAUUGGGUGUCAAUACAAUGAUGGACCAGUCUUACAUCCUUUUAAAUUUAGAGUCCACACUCAUGGCAUUGGGACGGUAGUGGUUGGCUACAGAAUACAUGAUGGGAAAUGGACUCAAAUAGGAAAAAUGGAUCCACAACGACCACAGGCAUUCUACCCAGUAGAUAAUCUAUUGGAAAUUAAAAGUGGAGACUCUAUAGCUGCCCGUUGCACUUUCAAUUCCAUGCAGAGAAACAGAGUAACACACUCAGGAUUAACCCAUAGCGAUGAAAUGUGUAAUUUUUACAUAAUGUAUUGGUAUGAUCCAAAACAAGUUAAAGGAGCCAGCAAUCCCAGGGAUUUGUGUAAGCUUCUGGAUCCAAGCAACCUUGAUUUCCCGGCAGAUUCUGAUAAGCUACUACCAAACAAACGAUUUAUAUUGGCCAUGAAAUGAACUUGGUAAAAGUACGGGCAGCUAGGAUGAAAGUGGAAUAACCAUGAACUACCUAGUGACAGAUCUUGAUGGAAAAAUAAAAGUGGAGCAAGGCCCCUCAUGAGACAUUCCGUCUCGGAAAUCAUGUAUUUUCAAAUGAAUGCUUUUAAAUAUUGAUUUAUUAUUGAUAUUGAUUUAUUUAUUGAUAUUGAUUGAUUAAUAUUGAUGAUGACUUUUGAUAUUUGGAAUCCAUUACAUAUUUUUUCGGCAAGGUUGCCAAAAAGCAAGUUUCGUGUAGUCAUAAUGUAUACCUCGUUCUGGAGAAAGAAAAAAAUGAUGCCUCAUUGUCGAUCAGUUAAUUGUCAUGCAGUGUGACUUUCCAGGAAGGUGUUUUCAAGCUUAGAAAAAGAACGAAAAAUUACGCUUGGAAAGCCAUUUGCGCAAUAUAAUAAGUGUAAUUUACGUAUUCAGUUCGAAUUCAUCACAACAACCUUGCCUGCGUGAAGACGCUUUCCAGCAGUGAUAUUAAACUAGCCUCUGUUGUUAGAAUUUUGUCUCGCGCUUAUGAAAUGAAUAAACAGACGUUAACCAGCAACCUCUUUAAAUAAACUUGAAGUUUAUAUUUUAGGUUCUGUCGAGUAUUUUGUUCCCUUUCGUUGAUGAGGGUCCAAAUCUUACUAUCGUGUUCGCGUGGGGUUUCCUUUCCCGGCGUAAAUGUACGUAUUUGUUAUGAUGGAGCCCUUUUUCGGUAAAGCAAUCCUCAUUUUGCUUCACAUUCCCCUCAAAUUCAAGCGUUUUCUCAUUCUCUGAUUUCCUAACAUCCUGAGUGUGUGGGCGUCUGACGACGUAUUGAGGAAACUAUGGAGAUCUACCACGCAGGGAUCAGAAAACACAUUUAG